AUGCAAGAAUCUUUACUCGAGCACCUGAAAGAAGCUGGGAACCGUUUUGUCUGGUUACGGGGUUCGCCAGGGACCGGUAAGACUGCGAUAUCCAUGAGUGUUGCGUCCACCCUUGAGAGGCAGGGUACUCUUGCAGCGUCCUUCUUUUGGGAUAAAAACAGGCCAGGAACCGGCCUUGACUCCAUCGAACGGUUUCCUUCUACCCUUGCACGUCAACUUGCACGUUUUGAUGAGGACUUUAAAACAUCGCUUGUCAGGCACCUCCGGCAGCAAGACUUAGAAUUAGUCCACCAUCUCCCUCUUGGGGACCAAAUGAAGACUCUCCUUAUUGAGCCCAUGCGCAACCUGCUUGCAGUACUACCCUCGGGAAAAGAUCGUCUUGUCAUCAUUUUAGAUGGUUUAGACGAGUGU